GUUGAUAUAAAGAACUCUAAAUCGGAGCAAUCCACAGCACCCACACCUCAGAACACACCCAUCAACCCAGCACCUAUUACUUCCACUUAUCGCCCCAACAUUUCUAGCAUUUCCGAAGACAUGGAGACUAUCACUACACCUGGUAACAACCCGGCCCUGAUCAGCAUGUUGCAAGGCAAGCUUGGCUCGCUCGUCGGCCAAUCGUCCGGAUACAUUGAAUCACUUCCCGAACCCGUCAAGCGCCGCAUCAACGGCUUGAAAUACUUGCAGUCGCAGCACGCCGAGCUUGAGGGCAAGUUCCAAGAAGAAGUGUUGGCUUUGGAAAAGAAAUACUUGGAGCUGUACAAGCCAUUGUAUGCCAAGCGUGCCGAGGUUGUCUCUGGCAAGUACGAGCCUACGGAGGCAGAGGUUGAGGCUGGCAAGAAGGUUGAUGAGGAGGAGCAAGCCGAUGAAGAACAACAGGCACAACAACAACAACCAGCAGCAGCAAAGGAAGACGAUGAUGAAAAGGAUGUGACCGGUAUUCCCGAAUUCUGGUUGACUGCCUUGAAAAACCAUCCUCAAAUUGGCGAGUCCAUCACCGAUACGGAUGAGGAUGCUUUGAAGCAUUUGGUCGAUGUCCGCAUGUCUUACAUGGAAAAGCCCGGCUUCAAGCUCGAGUUUGAGUUUAGUGAAAACGAAUACUUUACCGACAAGACCCUCACCAAGACUUACUACUACCAAGAACAUGCCCAGGGUGGUGACUUUGUCUAUGACCACGCAGAAGGUGCCAAGAUCACCUGGAAGGAGGGAAAGGACUUGACUGUCACUGUCGAGACCAAGAAGCAACGUCACAAGGGUACCAACAAGACCCGUGUUGUCAAGCGCACCGUUCCAGCAGAUACCUUCUUCACUUUCUUCAGCCCACCUGUCUUCCCUGGUGAGAACGAAGAACUUGAUGAAGAAGAGGCAGAAGGUUUGGAUGCCAAGUUAGAGGCUGAUUACGAGAUGGGUGAGGAAUUCAAGGACAAGAUCAUCCCUCAUGCCGUUGACUACUUUACUGGCAAGGCUCUGGAAUACGAAGACUUUGAAGGUGACGAUGACUUUGAAGAUGAUUUCUAUGAUGAGGAGGACUCUGAAGAAGAUGACGAUGAUGAGGACGAGAGCGACGAUGACGAUGACACUGCUCCCGCCGCCAAGGGUGAAAAUGCUCCCGAGUGCAAGCAGUCUUAA